AACGAGAUCAUCGCUGGAACAGCUUCACGUUUUCCUACGAGUGCGCGUACACGGCGCGAUCAGCGUAGCUUUAUUUGUGUUUGGUAGACCUUAGUGCAUCAGUUCGUCGGCUUUUCGCACACAUCGCCUGUAGUCUACCAUAGUGUGUACUUUUACAAACGACAAAGAUAAGAACCCAAAAAAACACAUCAAAGCGGUGCCAUACCUUAACCGAAUUCAAAAUGACGAUCAACGAAAGAACCUCGUUGUUGCCCAAGGAAUACCAGAAGACGUACAUCAUCCCCAUUCCUCAGGAUGAUGAGAAUAAUAAUGUUAGCAAUAAUAACAACAAUACGGACGACAAUGGCGUACUUAGAGAGUACGACAGCUGCGCAUUGACGAAGGAUGAACUGAAUAAGUACAUUGACGAUCCGUGGUGGAUAAAGAUGCGAUACGGAUGCUUUGCCUUCUGCUGGGUCGUCUGCCUGAUAGCGCUGGUCAUUUCCCUCUACAUAGCUGCCGAUGCACUUCAACAUGAUCAAUGUGGUACAGAGCCAAUAAUUAACGGAGAAAUCAACCAUACACAAACGACAUCAUUCGUUUCCGAGGCCACAGGGAGCCUCCUGGAUAUCGAAAGCUCUGCGACCACAACAACCACCUUGGUGUUUCCUUUGCUCACGCAACAGGCCACAUGAAAUGAAGCUAUCAUUGCGUGCACCGAUAUGUUAUCGCUGUGAUCUUCUUUAUUAAGCUUUUUAUCACAAGAGUUGUAAAUAGUACAUUGAAUCAUUAUUUAGCGAUAUUUUGCUUUACAUCGAGUUGAAGAAGACCACAACUCAUCAAGUCAUAAGUCUUAAUAG